AUGUCGCCGAACUCGAACGGCUACGAUGAGAGGCUGUUCCCUCGUCGGAUGAGAAUGCUACGGUUGAGGAUGCGGGCGCCACAAAUGGUAGAGCAACCCGCAAACGUGGAUGCCGUGAAUACCCCAGUUGUGGUUGAUUCAAACGAUGAUGGAACAGUCGCCCAGGAACUGGAAUUAGAGCAUAUGAGGAGUACAUUGGAAGAGGCGAUUGUGGAAACGCGCAGUACGCCUCUCGAAAAUCGACCGCGACUUCCCCGCAUAGCCCUAAGCAAGCGGAAUCGGGCUGUCGUGAGGGCUCUGAACCCAAUGCUGGUGACCUAUUUGGAAGCCAGCCGGGACCUUUGCGAGACGGACUCAAUUCUUUUUGGCGCCGCGCUGGCAGUCUGCCGCAUCAUAGGCGCCAAUGUUUCCACGGCUGGACGCGCUACUGGGCAUAGUAGCGCUAUCCCAGCAUGGAGAAGAAGAAUUGAGGAACAUAUCGCAAAGGCUAGAGCUCUCAUCGGCAGACUGAUAUGCUUCAGAUCAGGCAACAACAGGCCAAGAAUUGUGCGCACCGUCAAGAUGGCGUUUGCUGGGACAAAUGUCAGUUUGUCCCAGCCGGAUAUAACGCAAAAACUGACGGAGCGCAUAGAUGAUCUGAAGCAGAGAAUCGCUGCUUGGGGAAAGCGGAUUCGGCGAUAUACCGAGAAGUCGACACGGUUCAACCAAAAUCGUCUCUUUCAGAGUGAUCAGAAGAGGCUCUAUGAAUCAUUGGAGCGACCAAUGGUAAGUAGAACGGGUUCAGCACCGAAUCAGGCCGACACUGUAGCAUUCUGGCGCGGCCUGUGGUCAGAGCCCGUAAACCACAGCGAGGGCCCUUGGACGGAAGUUGUGGCGAGUCAGUGUGCGGGUAUUACGCCCAUGGACCCCGUCAUCAUAACGCCGGAUGACGUAGCUGAGGCGGUCCGUAGGGUCCCGAACUGGAAAAGUCCGGGGCUUGACGGGCUGCAUCACUACUGGCUGAAGGGGUUCAUGCCGCUGCCUGGAGGUCGCCAGGGCGCGUCUGGAGCUGGCGCUGGACGAGACAGCAUGCGAACCGCCGCCAGUGCUGCACAAGCACCCAGCAGCACCUCGCAUCCAUCAUCCCCACCAGCUGGCUUGGUGGCGGCAGGGUCUUCGCGGGCCCAGCAAUCGGCACCCGCUUUUGGUGGAGUACGCUGCAUGCGUUGGACAACCCAGAUGAACAGCAACGCAUUGCGGGCGUAUUUUAGGGCGAAAGGGGGAGAAACUGGAGGUUUUGCGUAUCGGGCAAGGAUUCAUCGACUUUUUGCUAAGCUGGAGCCAUCUGUAACUGUCACCGAGCAAAACCUGGCAGACCGGGUUCGGUAUAUCUUGCGCUCAAAUACAUUUGAUGUUACCGAACUCGAACGGCUACGACGUGAGGCUGUUCCUUCAUCGAGUGAAAAUGCUGCGGCUGAGGAUGCGGCGCCACAGCUUGCUGAGCAAACGGCAAAUAUGGAUGCCGCCGUGAACACGCCAGUUGUGGUUGAUUCAGACGAUGAUGGAACAGUCGCCCAGGAACUGGAACCAGAGCAAAUGAGGAGUACAUUGGAAGAGGCGAUUGUGGAAACGCGCAGUACGCCUCUCGAAAAUCGACCACGACUUCCCCCGCUUAUCCCUAAGCAAGCGGAAUCGGGCUGUCGUGAGGGCUCUGAACCCAAUGCUGGUUACCUAUUUGGAAGCCAGCCGGGACCUUUGCGAGACAGAUUCAAUUCUUUUUGGCGCCGCACUGGCAGUCUGCCGUAUUAUAGGCGCCAAACUUUCCACGGCUGA